AAUAUAUAUUUUUGGUAAGUACGGUAAGUAAUAAUUAGGAAAAGGCAGUAUUAGUUCGUGAGACGAUAUAGGAGGAAAUGAGAUGUAAUUUUCUUUUAAGAAAGGGACUAGUACAAAUAUGAAAUUGGCGCCUUGUUGUAUACCUUCCAUAAAUAUUUAACAAAAAGUUCUGAAUGUGACCAUGAAUUAUGCACAAGCUCAAACCCAACAUCCGCUUCCGCCCUCUUAAACACCCACCACUUCGCCACUCCUCGGCCGCCGCCGCUGCCACCACCUCCACUACCAAGUCCUUCAAUGCCACCCUCCACCUCCUUUCCUCGGAAGGCUCCCACCAUCAUGUUUUACUCGCAUACAACUCCAUGCUCAAGUCCUCUAUACCUCCUGACCCAUUCACUUUCCCCUCUCUACUUAAAGCCUGCAUUUCUCUUAACCUCCUUCCCCACGGCCUUUUGCUACACCAACACAUAGUCGUUAAUGGGUUUUCUUCUGAUCCUUAUAUUGGAUCUUCCUUAAUCAGUUUUUAUUCCUCCUCUGGUCUUACAGAGCAUGCACGCAAGGUGUUUGAUACAAUGCCUGAGAGAAACAUUGUCCCGUGGACAACUGUUAUUGGGUGUUAUGCACGAACUGGUGAUUUUGUGCAUGCUUUUUACUUAUACAAUUCUAUGUUACAUGAAGGAAUAAAGCCGACUUCUGUUACGUUGCUGACUCUGCUUUCUGGAGUAUCAGAGAGCAUUCAUAUAGAGUGUUUGCAUGCCUGUAUUGUAAAAUAUGGUUUUCUGGGUCACAUUGCUCUGAUGAAUUCGAUGUUGAAUGUGUACGGUAAAUGUGGAAGAAUUGAGUAUGCCUGGAAGUUAUUCGAGCGGAUGGAUGAAAAAGAUAUUGUUUCUUGGAAUUCUUUAGUUUCAGGGUAUUCUUUAGUGGGGGACACGGAAGAAUUAUUGAGGCUAAUGUAUAGAAUGAGGUCGGAAAAUACAUGGCCCGAUCAUCAAACAUAUGGGGCGUUAGUUUCUGCUAUUGCAAAAGAGGGUAGUGCUGAAUUUGGAAAAGUGGUGCAUGGACAGAUAGUUGUUGCUGGAUUUGAAUUAGAUGUGCAUCUUGAGACGUCACUUAUUUUUAUGUAUUUAAAAUGUAGCAACAUGCAUUAUACGUUUAAGCUUUUCGAGAGAGCAAAAGAUAAAGAUGUAGUUUUGUGGACGACUAUUAUCUCAGGACUUGUUCAAAAUGAACGUGCAGAUAGAGCACUUGAAAUGUUUCAAAGCAUGUUGUGUAGUAGAACUGAACCUUCUACAACUACCAUAGCAAGUGCACUUGCAGCUUGUGCUCAAUUAGGUUCGUUGAAAGUAGGAACUUCUAUACAUGGCUACACGUUGAGGCAAAGAAUGGCCAUUAACACUCCUGCUCAAAAUUCUCUUAUCAGUAUGUAUUCAAAAUGUGGCUAUUUGAAGCAAGCUCUUAUUGUUUUUCGUAUGAUAAAGAACAGAGAUGUGGUCUCCUGGAAUGCAAUUGUUGCAGGGAAUGCCCAGAACGGGCAUCUAUCAAUGGCCAUGCAUCUGUUUAAUGAAAUGAGGAUAGCUCAUCAAAGACCUGAUUCAGUAACAGUGGUCUGCCUUCUUCAAAUUUGUGCCUCAAUUGGAGCAUAUCAGCAAGGGAAGUGGAUCCACAAUCUUGUUCUAAGGAGCUAUCUUGAACCUUGCGUCAAGAUAGGUACAGCUUUGGUUGAUAUGUACUGCAAAUGUGGUGAUUUAGACAGUGCAAGGAAGUGUUUUGACAGGGUCAUAGAAUGUGAUCUCAUUUUAUGGAGCACAAUUAUUUCUGGAUAUGGCAGUCAUGGCGAAGGGGAGAGUGCCCUGGCAUUGUAUACAGAGCUUGUGCAAAGUGGUCUUACACCAAACAGUGUUAUUUUCUUAUCUGUUCUUUAUGCAUGUAGUCACAAUGGACUUGUUGACCAAGGUUUGGACUUGUUUGAUUCUAUGGCAAGGGAUUUUAAAAUAGAACCUGAACUCGAACAUUGUGCAUGUAUAGUUGACCUACUUUGUCGAGCCGGUAGGGUGAAAGAUGCAUACAACUUCUAUAAGAUGAAAUUUCCAGAACCAAUGGCCAAUGCUUUGGGUAUAGUUCUUGAUGCUUGCAAAACAAAAGCCCUGGUAGAACUUAGGGAUGCUGUUGCCAAAGAAAUCUCAGAGUUGGAUAAUGAGGACGCUGGAAAGUAUGUGCAGUUGGCUCAUAGUUAUGCUUCAAUGGCCCAGUGGGAGGGCGUUGGUAAGACCUGGGUCCAGAUGAAAGAACUUGGGCUCAAAAAGCUUCCUGGUUGGAGUUUUAUUGACUUACAUGGAGUAAUAACAACUUUUUUCAUGGGCCAAACCUCUCAUCCUCAGCAGGAAGAUAUAAUGUUGGUUCUGAAGAAUCUGAAUGAGGAGAUUAGUGAAAGGGUAAUCAUGUCAAACGUAGAUAAUAUAUCAUAAGCACUUAUGUACGACAUCUUCUCCCUGCAGUUUUUCCAUUGGGGAUCACUGAUGUUUAAAACUUGGUGAAACCUGGGGAGAAGCCAGGAGGAGGUACCCGACAGUAAAUGUCAAUUUGUUCAGUACGUCCUUGUGGUGCUACAUCUUGAGCAAGAUGUGAUUGGCAUCCACUGUUGCAGCUAAAUCUAGUGUUGAACCAGAUGGGUGUGUGGAACUCAUCAAACAUGUUACUUCAAACUGCCCUAAUCUUGAAUUUUUUAGCUGAUGACCAUUGGAAUGCCAGAUUAUACGUCAAUUCCUGAGAACUUUAAGACUUAGCAAGAUGUAGAAAUGAGGUCUCCAAGGCACUAGAAUAUCUGAAGAACAAUGUGAGCUGUCAAUGGGCAUGCCUGGCGACUUUGAACUUGCUGUGAGUGACCUGAUUCACUAAGGCACAUCAUACCAUUAAUAGGCAUAGAAGGACCUUGAAUGGCAUGGGUUCUCUACGGAUCAUGCGGCAAUUUGGUUACACCACGUAUAUUUAUCUAUUCAUAAAGUAAAUAUGGUUUAGUAUUUUAAGCCGAGGGUUAGCCUCUCUAUCUCUAUGAGGUAGGGUAAGGUCCCGUACACUCUACCCUACCCUCCGCUGACCCCAUUUGUGGGAUUAUACCGGGUAUGUAUGUUGUUGUUGUAGUAUGGUUAGAUGUCUCUAUCUCUACGAGGUAGGGGAAAGGUCUGUAUACACUCUACCCUUCCCAGACCCCAUUUGUGGGAUUAUACUGCAUAUGUUGUUGUUGUAGUAUGGUUUAUUAG